AUGACGGCGACCAAGCCCAGCAUGAUCCUGCUGGCCGCGGCUGCCGGAGGACGCCGGCGUCUCGUCGACCUCCCGGACCCGCCGUUGGCGCCCGACGGGCAGCCGCUGCCGCUGGGGCCGGACUCGGGCGGCUUCUCGUCGUCCGGCGUCGUGCUGUUCUUCAUCUGCCUCCUCGUCGGGUUCAUCAUUGUCUGUCUGAUGUGGUUGUGCGACUGCGACAACACGGAGGAGCAGGGGACCAGCCGCGAAGGCGACGGCGGCCGUGGCGAGCAGCGUCCGCAGAGCGGCGGUGGCGAGGGUCGCCGUCCACCUCGACCGCAGCGGCAGCGGCAGGCACCCGCCGUGGACGUGGAGUCGGGGAAGAGGGCGACGGCGGAGGCGCCGCUGGAGUGCACGUACCGGGCGGCGGAGGGGUGGGAGGAGACCUCGUGCUCGGUGUGCCUGGCGGAUCUCGCCGACGGCGAGGCCGUCAGAGUGCUGCAGCCGUGCAUGCACUACUUCCACCCCGCCUGCGCCGAGCAGUGGCUGCGCGACAAGGCCACCUGCCCGCUCUGCCGCGCGCCGGCGGUCGCAGCCAAAGGCGGCCGCCGCCGCCGGACCUAG